AUGUCUGCCGCCCCAGACACCCCCGCCCACGAGACCUUCGUCCUCGCCGGCCGCGCCGUCCCGCGCCUGUUCGUGGGCCUGUGGCAGCUCUCCAGCCCGGCCUGGGGCUCCGCGCCGCGCUCGCGCAUCCUGGCCGACUUUGCGCGAUACGUCGACGCCGGCUUCACGGCCUUUGACAUGGCCGACCACUACGGCGACGCCGAGCUGCUGUUUAUGACCGGAGCCCAACCCGCCGCCGCCGCCGCACGCUCGCAACAGGGCCGAUUCCGCGCCGCGCAGCCCGACCCCGCCGCCGUCUUCUGCGCCACCAAGUACUGCGUGUUCGACGCCCGCCGCCCGCAGACCGCCGCCGUGCUGCGUGACGCCGUGGCCGCGCGCCUGCGCAACACCCACGCCGACGCCGUCGACCUGCUGCAGUACCACUGGCAGCACUACGACGAUCCGCAGUAUAUCCCCGCCCUGCGUGCGCUGCAGGCCGACGCCCGCGUGGCCGCGCUGGGCCUGUGCAAUUUCGACUCGCUGCGCAUGCAAGAGGUGAUCGACGCGGGGAUCGCGGUCGCCACGAACCAGGUCCAGUUUUCGCUGAUCGACUCCCGCCCCAGGUACGCCAUGGAGCCCGUUUGCCGCGCCCACAACGUCAAGCUGCUGACCUACGGCACGCUGUGCGGCGGCUUCCUGGCCGACAAAUGGCGGGGAAAACCCGCCCCCGAUGCCUUUGCUGAAGGAAUGACUCCCAGUCUGCGCAAGUAUCUCGACAUGAUCACCAUCUGGGGCGGCUGGCCGCUGUUCCAGACGCUGCUGACCGCGCUGGCCGCCAUCGCCGCGAAGCACGGCGUGUCGGUGUCCACCGUGGCCGUGCGCUGGGUGCUCGACUUCCCGUUCGUGGGCGCCGUCAUCGUGGGCGCGCGCAUGGGCGUCAGCCACCACAUCCGCGACAACCUGGCCGCGUACGGCUGGUCGCUGGACCACGACGAUCGCCGCCACAUCGAGCUGGUCUUGUCCCAGAGCCGGAGGGAUGACGUGUUCCGCGAUAUGGGCGACUGUGGGUCCGAGUAUCGCUGA